UUGGCCAAUAUAUUAAAGAGAUUUGGGUAAGAAUGCAAACACACCAUUUCACAGUUCAGUGAAGUCGACAACUCUACCAUGAAAAAGCUGGCACUGUUUAUACUACUGCCUGGGGUUGCUCUGGCAUUCUGCGAGGAAGGGUUCGAGCAAGUAGGAGAAAAAUGCUUGAAGUUCGAGACCGAAUUUCGACUGACUUUCGCCGAAGCUCACGAGUUCUGUCGCGAACAGCAUGGGGCAACUUUGGCUCUCAUUGACUCAGCUCGACACUUCAAGGCUAUCAUCGACCACAUCAUCACAAAUGGAAUGAAAGAAUCCUUCUGGAUUGACGGAACCGACAGAGGGCACGAAGGCCAAUGGACCUCGAAAGAAGGUCAAGGUUUCCCAAUGGGAACUCCCUUCUGGGCAGGCUAUCAAGAAUAUCAAGAGCCCAACGGAGGAACAAAAGAGAACUGUGCACAUAUCAACAACGGUCAGAGUUUCUAUAUUAAUGACUUAGACUGUAAUUCAGCCUUUUGGUUCAUAUGCGAACAAGCAAAUAACUACGACAGAUAUCACAGAAAUGAGUCAGCUUCUGAGCUUCUGUGUCCAUUACACUACACUGCUCUUGGUGGCAAAUGUAUAUCAUUCCUGAAUGAAUAUGCAGUUCCAUGGAGUGAAGCAAAUCUGCGGUGUGGGGAUCUGGAGCACCCAGGAGAACUGGCUAUCGUGGAUGAUAUUGAAUUAUUAAGAGCAAUAUGGGUUUAUCUUAAUGAAGAAUGGCUGGAAGAUCAUGAUUACUGGAUUGGAGGCUCCGACGAGGGUCACGAAGGUCUUUGGACGUGGACGGAUGGAUCGGCGGUUCCUAUGGGGACACCAUUUUGGGGCCUCGGCCGUAGCCAUCAAGAACCUGAAGGGGGAAGUAACGAGAAUCACUUGUGCAUAUUAGGUCAAGGACGCUUUUACUUUCGAGACAUCGCUGGAUCAAAUCAUCUUUACCCCAUAUGCCAGCUGAUUGAAUAACUUUGUUGUUGUUGGGGGAGGGGGUGGGGGACGGAGGUAGAGAGUGUUGCUGUGACAAUGGUAGCGCUUUUGGGAUUUUCAUUAAUGCAUCCCGGUCCUGCUGUGGCGCCUGUUGCCAAAUUAGAUGUUUCAUAUACUGGACGGUGAGUAAUGCCGUGACCCAGUCUAUUCAAUUAAAAUCCUUAAAUGAA